AUAUUUCAUUUGUGUUUAAAAUGCUAUACUAUUUAUAAGUAGUAUAGCAUUUUACUUCCAAAAAAGUCUAUUCUAUGGUCUUUUUGCUUCUUUUAAUUAACUUUUUACCCCUUUCCUUAGGUCUUAUAUUACAACAACUUAAAAAAUUAGAAAAAUCAAACGAAGCACCAACAGGAUCAAUAUCAACACCCCUGGCAAAUAUUUCAGAAGCACCAACGGGAUCUGCAUCAAAAGCACCAUUGGCAGUUGUGUCAGCAGCCCUUGCAGUUAUUUCAGAAGCACCAUUGGCAUCAGUGUCAGUGAGUAAUUACCUUGGAGAAAUGAACCAUAUUUGUCAAUAUUGUGGUGCCAAAAAUUUUUUAAAUGAAACACAUUUUCUGUGCUGCCAUUCUGGAAAAGUUGCAUUAGCUCCACUUUUGCCUUAUCCACUGCUCAUGGACGAUUUAAUGACAGGCAACCAUGUUGAUCGUGCUAUGAAUCAAAAUUUCUUCAAGCAUAUUGGAAGUUAUAAUGCCUGUUUAUCUUUUGCUUUAUUCACAGCAAGAAUAGCUCCUCCGUCUGAUCAUGGGCCACCCUGUUUUAGGAUUUGCGGACAAUUUGUGCAUCGUGUAGGUAAUCUGAGACCUGAUCAAAAUGUUCUGCCUGCAUAUUGUCAGUUAUAUGUUUAUGAUCCUAAUACUGCUUUAAAUUUUCGAAUGGAGCAAAAUGAUUGUUGCAUACGUGAGUUGAUGGAAUUUUUGCAGACUAUAAUUAGUCAAGAGAACCCAUUUGCUCUUGCAUUUAAAAACAUGGCUGAAAUUGAAGAUGAAGAAGUACGUCAAGCAGCUUUAGAAGGUCGACCAACUUCGAUUGUUAAAAUGUCAUUGCUUGAAGGUGGUGAUAGACGUCGAUACAAUCUUCCUUCACAUGAGGAAGUUGCCAUUGUUUUUGUUGGGGAUGAUGGUGCUCCACCUCCAUCUAGGGAAGUAGUUAUAUACCCUCGAGGUCAGGCCUUAAAAACAAUUUCAAGUAUGUCUGCAAAUCUAGAUCCAAUGAUAUAUCCAAUAUUUUUUCCAAGAGGUGAUGCUGGAUGGCAUGAGCAACUAGAGCAUCAUCCUGACCGAGCUACACGUGUUAGAAAUCGGGUUACUUUGUCUCAGUACUACAAUUACAGGCUUUCUGUUAGAGAAACCUUUAAUCCUAUAUUUUAUGGUAAGAAGCUUUUUCAACAGUAUGCUGUUGAUGCAUAUGUCAAGAUUGAAGGUCAGCGCCUUGCUUUUAUUAGAAAUAACCAAAACAGACUUAGAAGUGAACAAUAUGAUACAUUAUAUGAACAUGUAAAUAACGCUGCAAAUAACCUUAAUGUAAGACCAGGUCGUGUUGUUAUACUACCAUCCUCAUAUGUUGGAAGUCCAAGAGCUUUAAAAGAAAAUUUUGAAGAUGCAAUGGCAAUUAUAAAGAGAUAUGGCAAACCAGAUCUUUUUAUUACUUUUACCUGCAAUCCAAAAUGGAAAGAAAUUACAGAAAAUUUAAAUCCAGGUAAGAGCCCAUCUGACAGACCUGAUUUAGUUUGUCGUGUAUUUAAGAUGAAACUUAAAUGCUUCCUAGAUGAUAUUUUUAAACACGGAGUCUUAGGUAAAGUUAUAAGUCAUGUACAGAAACAGCAGAGUCUAAUAUCAGCUGAAAUUCCAGAUCAAACUGUUGAUCCUGAACUUUUUGAAAUUAUAAAAACAUGUAUGAUUCACGGACCAUGUGGAAUUUUGAAUCCCAAUUCUUCUUGCAUGAAAGAUGGGAUUUGCACAAAAAAGUUUCCUAAAGAAUUUAAUCCUCACACUGUUGCAACUUUCAAUGGCUAUCCUCACUACAGGCAUUUAGAUAAUGGUAGAGUAGUCGUUAUAAAAGGUAACCAAGUUGAUAAUUAA